ACACGGUGUGUAAACAGCUACACGGAACAGAGUCGAGCAGAGAGGCUGCUACCGUUAGCAGAGUUGUAGUACGCUUUUAUUAAUUCAGUACAAGUAAAUGGGAAAUGCUGUAUGAUAUUCCCACCGCUGCUCCGGGAGCCUAGCGGGGUAGAGCCCAGAACAAAAGCUAGUCUUUGAUAGUUUUCAUUGUAAGCAGGACGGAAGGAAGCUCACCAGCGCUCGUCGACGACCAUGGCAGCGGCGACCGUUGUGGAGGCUGACCCGGCGACGAGCGAAGGCGGUGCCGCUUACCCAGGCGUCCACAACCGGGGCUGGGACGAGUCACAGCUCCGGAAUUAUUCUUUCCCAACCAAGCCCAUUCCCAGGCUGUCUCACACGGACCCCAGAGCAGAGAUGCUAAUAAAUAAUGAGGAGCCUGUGGUUUUAACGGACACCAACCUCGUGUAUCCGGCUCUCAAAUGGGACAUUGCUUACCUCCAGGAGAACAUUGGAAAUGGAGACUUCUCCGUUUACAUUGCAGAAAACCACAAAUUCCUCUACUAUGAUGAGAAAAAAAUGUCUUUUUUUGAGAACUUUGUCCCCAAGUCUCAACGAAUGGAAAUGAAAUUCUCUGAAUUCGUGGAUAAAAUGCACAAGACAGAGGAAAUGGGAGGAGAUGAGAGGGUAUACCUGCAGCAGACCCUGAAUGACACAGUAGGGAAGAAGAUUGUUGUUGACUUUCUUGGUUUCAACUGGAACUGGAUCAACAAGCAGCAAGCCAAGAGAAACUGGGGACAGCUGACAUCCAACCUGCUGCUCAUAGGCAUGGAGGGUAAUGUGACGCCAGCACAUUAUGACGAGCAACAGAACUUCUUUGCACAAAUUAAAGGCCACAAAAGAUGCAUCUUGUUUCCUCCAGACCAGUUUGAGUGUCUUUAUCCAUAUCCUGUGCAUCACCCAUGUGACAGACAGAGUCAGGUUGAUUUUGAUAACCCUGAUUAUGAGAAAUUUCCCAAUUUUAAGAACGUUGUUGGCUAUGAGGCUGUUGUGGGCCCAGGAGAUGUGCUCUACAUCCCCAUGUACUGGUGGCAUCACAUUGAAUCCCUGUUGAACGGUGGAGUGACGAUCACUGUGAACUUCUGGUACAAAGGUGCCCCCACACCCAAGAGGAUAGAGUACCCCCUGCGAGCUCAUCAGAAGGUGGCCAUCAUGAGAAAUAUUGAGAAGAUGCUGGGAGAAGCACUUGGAAACCCUCAUGAGGUUGGUCCUUUGCUGAAAACGAUGAUCAAGGGACGAUAUGAUCAGGAUUUCAGUUAGAACCACCAUCCCUUUCAACCCUUAAAGCUUUGGGAAAGAGAGACUGCUGUGUGUAAUGCUCAUUCUGACUUUGGAGCUUAGUACCACUGCAUGGCAUCAAGAAGCCAUCUUGAAACUGUUCUGCUUCAGUCGUCGAGUGCCAUGAUCAUUAUGAAUACGAUCACAGAAGAAAAAAAUGGAACUUACUCAUGGGAAUGUACUCUACUUGAAGAAGUCCUUGUGUGUUUUAAGAAGAGGCCUAGUUUGGCUGAAGUCUGCUUUCAUUAAAUCAGUGUUCUCAUAAUUCAACUUUUUGGGUCUUUGGUCAGUAGAAGUUGUCAGUGCAUUUGAAACAACCUUGAUAUUUUGACCACUAAUGAAAAAGUUAGGAAGAAAAGAUUUUACAGCAAAGCUCUGUUGAAUAUAAGAUAGUUUGUUUUAAUGGAAUGACACACUCCUGGGUUGAUAACUAAAUUUAGAGAGGGUAUCUUCCAGCAGCUUUAUUCUUGAAUGAAACUGUAAAGGCAACUGUUCUUUUGGUCAUUAUCUUUACACCCACCUGCACGGUUAAGAAAGAAUUUUAGUUGCAGAGAAAAUGGCUUAUGUAGGCCAAUAAAACAGAAGUGCAGCGAUAACAUCUGUGAUGAAACAUGAUUAAAAUGUGUGUGGGUGUGGAAAUCAAGGGUCAUAUAUUCAUCUGAAGAAAUAUGUGACUGCUUGCAGCUAAGUUAUUAUAGCUGAUUGCUUUGUGUUUUUAUUUAUACUUUGUGCUUCUUAAACAAUGUUUCAAGGACUCUCCAACAUGCUUCCCUGUGCGCUAUUAAUACUUGAGAGGGCACUUAAAUGACAUACUGCAGUUUCAGUUCAAGUAAAGGAAAAUACUGUAAGUUACUGUCUUGAGGGAAACUAAUCAAAGAUUUUACAAGCAAUAUUACCUUUGCAGUGGAACGCUCAUACUUUUUUUUAAUUGGUCAAAGGAUUUAUUGUAAUGUUGAUGACUGAUUUAGUAGAACAUUCAGCUGGGAUGAAGUUUGUGUGUCAGCCAUUGCAGUGCACCAUCUAGUGGUCCAGUCUGCAGUUGCAUGCUAGGCUUGAUGUGUCCAUGCACUCUGCUGCUGCAAUAGAAAUAUUCAGUAUGAUGAAUUUUAUUGAGGAUAUUAGAUACAAUUAUGCUGCAAUGUGUAGGACAGGGUCAAAGCAGUUAAAAAUGUGCUCCUAUGAUUACUGUAGGUUUACAGAAAUGCACUUAUUGUAACUACCAUGCAGCCAUAUUCUGAAGAGUAAAGAUGUGUUUACACUUUGAAGUGCUCGCUUGUAUGGAAGCAGAUGUACGCCACACAUUUUAUUGUACUGUUUUCCUGUGAUAGCAAGUUGUUUACAGGAGAUCUAGAAUUGUAUCUGGUAAUCUUGGUAUUUCAACACUGGUUUUCCCUUAAGAACAGCUGAAUUACCUUAGAUCUUGAGGAAACAGCAGAAACGUACUAAUUAUCCCAUGAUAACAACAUAAAUAAGUUGAGAUAUUAAGAAAACAUUUACUCAUCACAGGAAGACAACAUGAAAUUAAUGUUUGGAUGCACGUCCUCUAGGGCUUCCGUACUAUUGAACUUUUAAAAUGUACAUUAAACAAACAGGAGGGUAAUUCUGAAAGUUGUGCUGUAUGUGCCAAACUAGUGUAGGGGUGUCUUCUUAUUGAAAAAGCUUUGUGUGCCCAUGAAAUUGGCUCAUCGUAGGACAAAAAAAACACCUGGCACCUAAUGGUUGCCAGCUUUCAUGAGAUUUGUUUUGUAGGAUUAAGGUCCAACCUCUAAAUAGUUGAUUCAUUUUAGGUCCUUUUCUUAUGGAUUGCCUGAUCUUGGUCAAAUGUGUUUUUGAAAAAUUAGACUGAGUAUUCACCUCUCCUAUAUUGCUUGGUUAAUUCUUAUGUGCCUUGUGUGGGAACAGCAUGGCACUUCAUGUUGCAAAUGCUUGAUUUUUAAGUUUUAUUUAAUGUUCAAAAUGUUUGCUUUCAAUCUGGCAUUUAACAGCUUUAAAGUUUGGACUGACAAGGGGUCAUAGAGAUAGAGGCAUGUUUGUGUUGCUGAAUGAUUGUUUUGAGCAUACAGUAUAUAAUAUCCUUGUUCCUCUGAUUAAAGUUUGUUAAGCUCUGAA